AAGUUAUCAACGGCUUUUAUUUCGCUCCAUUGUGUGGAAGACAAAAGCUGAUUCUCUCGCAUCCCUCUCUCUUUCUCUCUCUCUCAAGCGACUCUUUCGGAUCUUAAUUUGAUAUUCACAAGCACACACUCGCAGAGAGGCCUCCUUCCAUAGCUCGGCAUCGAGAGCUCCCAAAUCUGUCCUUGAGCUCUCGAUCCCACCCAAUUCAAUUUCAACUACAUGUAGCCGUCGUCUCCUCCUUCUCCUGUAAUUAUCGCAUUUCAAAGAGAGAAGCUCUGACCAUCGAUUGGGGAGUAAAAUGGAGAACCUAGCGAAGCAACUAAGACGGGGGAUAUCGCGGCAGUUGUCGACGGGGUCGAUAAAAAGGACGCUGAGCCGGCAGUUCACGCGGCAGUCGUCGAUGGACCCGAGGAGGAACAACCAGAGGUUCAGCUUCGGGAGACAGUCUUCGCUUGACCCUAUUCGCCGGAGCCCCGGACAAGACUCCGCUAUCGAUCUGACGGUUCCGGAGAAUCUCGACGCCACCAUGCAGCUGCUGUUCAUGGCGUGUAGAGGGGACGUCAAGGGUGUGGAGGAUCUCCUCAACGAGGGGAUCGACGUCAACAGCAUCGACUUGGACGGGCGGACCGCGCUUCACAUCACCGCCUGCGAAGGCCAUGUCGAGGUCGCCAAGCUAUUGCUCAGCAGGAAGGCCAACAUCGAUGCUCGUGAUCGCUGGGGGAGUACGGCAGCUGCCGACGCUAAGUACUACGGAAAUACGGAAGUCUACAAUAUUCUAAAAGCCCGCGGAGCCAAAGCACCGAAAUCCACUAGGAAGACGCCAAUGGCUGUUGCAAAUCCUCGAGAAGUUCCAGAGUACGAGCUUAACCCACUAGAGCUUCAGAUUCGGAAGAGUGAUGGAAUCUCGAAGGGAACAUAUCAAGUGGCUAAAUGGAACGGUACUAAGGUUUCUGUAAAGAUACUUGACAAGGACAGCUAUUCGGACCCUGAUAGCAUAAAUGCUUUCAAGCACGAGCUAACAUUAUUAGAAAAGGUCCGCCAUCCUAACGUGCUUCAGUUUGUUGGAGCCGUUACGCAAAAUAUACCCAUGAUGAUUGUUUCGGAGUAUCAUUCAAAAGGCGACUUGGGAAAUUAUAUUCAAAAGAAGGGGCGUCUGUCUCCAUCCAAAGCUCUAAGAUUUGCUCUUGAUAUCGCUAGGGGCAUGAAUUAUCUUCAUGAGUGUAAACCAGACCCAAUUAUCCACUGUGACUUAAAGCCAAAAAAUAUUUUUCUGGAUAAUGGAGGUCAAUUGAAAGUAGCCGGAUUUGGUUUGAUAAGAUUGUCCAAAAUUCAACCAGGCAAAGCAAAACUCGCGCAGCCUGGGGCUGACCGUUCAAACUUAUGUAUGGCACCUGAGGUUUACAAAGAUGAUUUGUUCGACAGAAGUGUGGAUGUCUAUUCUUUCAGUCUCAUUUUAUAUGAGAUGUUUGAGGGUAUACAAGCUUUCCAUCCCAAGUCUCCAGAAGAAGCUGCAAAAAUAAUGUGUUUGGAUGGAAAAAGACCGCCUUUCAAGAUCAAAGCAAGAAGUUAUCCACCUGAUCUAAAAGAGUUGAUUGAGCAAUGUUGGGAUCAAGAAGCAGUUGCUAGGCCAACUUUUUCUGAGAUAAUUGUUCGGCUAGACAAAGUGGUAGCAAAUUGCACAAAACAAGGAUGGUUGAAAGACACUUUUAAGCUUCCUUGGAUAUAAGAGCGGGUCUCUCAGCAAAUAAUCAAAAACAAAAGGGAAAAAAGAGAGAGAGAGAGAAGGACAGAUGACAAGGCACUCAGUUCGGCUGAAACGGGGAAAAAAUCUAUGGAGAUUGAGGUGCUUCUCUUCGACUAGAAGUUUUGGAGUUUCGUGUUGUAACCUGUAACAUUAGUAUUUGUAUACCUUUCAGAGUAGGAGAUUGAGAGAGAGAGGUGGGGAAAAAAAAAACAAUAAAGAAGAAGAUGUUUUAUCUCUUGUUCUUUGUCCUCUAAGGUGCGGGCAGAGUCCGUUUCCUUGUGUAAUGUGUGAAAGACGUUUGCUUUAAUUAGCACAUCAAUUCAUGGGUGAUUGAAGAAUUGUUCGAAGAUCAUAUAUAUACACCAUUUUUUAGGAAGUACCUAUGAAA